CUGCAUGGCUAGGAGUUGCUGCCCUGCGUGACCGCGCAUGCAGGCGCGCUCCCGUUACUAGGAGGUUGCUCCGUCAGCUACCGCGCUUAAAGGAGCGGCUGUCGGCACACAGGCGACCCAGGAGAAACCAAAACUCUGACUGAACUGCAGGUUAGCGUCACCAUCCUUGAAAAUGAAUGCCAUCAAAGACCCCCAUCCGGCUGUACUGGGAGUCUCAAAGGUGAUUGUCGGCAUCAUGCCCAUUGCCUACAUUGCAGUCGGGGCAGUAUACCUCAACGAGUGUCCAGUCCAGGAGAAGAUCCCCAUCUACCUGAUCGUGUCGGGGGUCUUCACCAUAGUUCUCAACCUCCUGUCUUGCCUCCCCGGCACACGCUCCACCAAAGAUACACCGCGAACAACGGCGGGCCACGUUGUCACCGUCUGGAACUCGCUGGUGUCCUUGUUCCUCUUCUGCUGGUUCAUUUCGGGCAACAUUUGGAUCUACUCUAUUUAUCAGCCCGAGUACAACAAGAACGCUACCGAUGUGUCGCGCUACUGUAACAAGACGCUCUACCUGUUCGCCUUCUGGAACACCACGCUGGUCUACAUCCUGGUGAUUCUGUUCGUGCUCACCGGCUGCUGCGUCCUCUUCUGCUUGUUCCUGUGGGGCCGGGCCGACUCCGACGACGACGCCAACCAGCAGGCCUGAGAGAGACCGCAGAGAAAACUGGAGCUGGGAUGCUUGUCAAUAUUAUUAUAUUAUAAUAAUAUAAGUUUAAAAAGGAGAAUAAAUAUUCAGUUCAGUGACUUUUAUUUUUUUUUAUGGCUGUUGAAUCUCUACGCUUUGCUGUCGGGCGACAUGCGUUUUUACACCGGCUGUAUGCGUCUUUGUUCUUUUUGCUGUAUUUUGUCUAUCACUGUGAAUCAAUGAAUGAAUGUAUUCUGUUUAUUUGGACUGCGGUGCUGAAAGAUAUGUUUGGUGGGGUGUUUACAUCUUUAGGUUUUCACAAGGACCAAGAGGAAAUCAUAAAAGAUCUCUUUUAGUUUACUGCUUGUGCUCAUUUAUUUUGCGCCGACAUCUAUAUUGAAACAAGCGUCAAAUCUUAUUUUUCAGCUAUAUUGUCAAAUAUAUUCUCUAGCACAUUUAAAAUGUGAAGUUAAAUAGGUAUAUAAUGGGGUUUUUUCUUCAGUGUUUGACAGCUUAUUUAGCUUUUAUGUUUGACAUUUGCAGGCUUAAUUAGUAAGGUAAAGGUACACAGAGACAUAAGAUGAACAGAGUUGACACAUCUGACAUAAGUGAUAGCAAGUCACCCUGAUGACAACACUCUUCAGAGUGGAAGUUGUUAUAGAGAGAAGACCGGCUGGUUUCAGUUUCACUGAAUGAAGUCAGAGGAAGAAAAAAAAAAACAUUCAAUAGAAACUUUGCAGUGCAUCCUAAACACAGCGCUUCAAUUUUUCCAUGUUUUACGUUACGGCCUUGUUCUAAAUUGUAUUAAACGAUUUUCAAAAUUCUAAAAGCUCAAAUUGCAGACGUUUCCUCUGAUCAUCUUUGGGAUGUUUCUUCAGCUUCAUUGGGCUCCACCUGUGGUAAAUUCAGAUGAUUAGAUUUGAUUUGAAAAGACACAGAUAUCUAUAUAAAGUCCCACAGUUGA